GACACUGAUUAUUUUGCCUUUGCGGGUAGCUAGCAAAAUGAUAAAUUGGAGAGCUAGCUUGCUAAAUUCGCUAGUAGUAGUGAUACACAUUAGCAAUUCAAUCUGUGUAGGUUAUAUACAUUUAUUCGGGGAUAGCUAGCCAGCCAGUCAGCCAAGAUCGCUCAGUUCAGCUGUAAAAAAAAAUGAGUCUUCUUCCAGACCUGAAUGCCAAUGAGGAUGAAACAUCCUACUAUGCAGACAAGACCUGGGUCCAGUGCGAGUCUCCCAGAUGCCUGAAGUGGAGACUGGUACCAAAGGGUGAUGAAGCGGUGGCUGAGCUGGACCAUGRCAAGUCCUGGCGCUGUCAUAUGAACCCAGACCCUCUAUUCAGCCACUGCAACAUCCCUCAGGGCCCUUUCCCCAACAACUCCCAGUUCAAGGAACAUGGCCUGAAGGUGGUGUACUUCCUGCUUCCUGUCGGGAGCCUGGUGCUGGUGAAAGGAUGCAACUGGCCAUGGUGGCCAGCCAUUCUAAGUCCAGACCCCAACGUGGAGGAGUAUGUGAGGCUGGACAGCGAGGGUUAUGUGGAGCACUACCAUGUUGAGUUCCUGGGGAAACCUCACACCAGAUACUGGGCUGCUGCCAAGCAUGUCGAACUCUACCACACCUCCUCCACUAAACCCAAAUACAGGAACAUGCGAGGUGCUAUGAGGAAGUCGUAUGAGGUGGCGAUGGAGGAGGUGGCUAAGGUCAWGGAGAUGGGMUGUGAGGAGAGACUGCAGAUCAGCCACUUCCAGCCUCAGGAAUGCUCAGAGGUUAAUGCACGCUAUUGAGAGAUGCUCAGACAAUGCUCCAACCAGCAGGACAACCAGGCCAAGCGGGACCAGAUGAUUAGGAUGUGGGAUGCCAGCAUCGAGGAGGACGGAGACAUUCUGAUCAUAGAAGUUUCAGGUUUGACAGCGCUUCCUGUCUGGAAGACCUGAUGACUGCAGGAAACAAGAAAUAAGAGAUUUUUUAAACAAGAUAUUUUAACAAGUUUUUUAACAAGAUAUUUCCAGAGAGUUUUCUGAAACACAUGUUAAUUCUUAACCCCUUAAAGUGCUUUAAUUUAUGAUAUUUAUUUGAAAUGUUAUAUUUUUCUAAAAUAUGUGUUACUGUGGUCAUUGUUGAAGAAA